AUGGUCAUCAACUCCACAACUGUUACUGAGUCCACUACUCGGGACCAGCCCACUGGUAGCGAUGCUCUCAAGACCGGCAGCGUGCAGCAAAGUGGGUACCGCAUGAAGGUUGACGGCACCGAUCCUGUCUUCGGUGACUGGCGCGAUGACCUCGUGCGGGAUGGCUAUGCAGUUGUCAAAGGUGCCGUGCCGGAGUCGCGAGCCUUGGAGUACGCCGACAAGAUGUACUCCCUAAUUGAGUCGUUCGGGCUAGGAUAUGACCGCAACGAUCCAUCCACCGUGCACCCGGACAAACUACCCGUCAUUAACGAGAAAGGAAUGCUUCUCCCGUAUGGCGCUUGCCACGAGGGCUUUGUUUGGGAUAUCAGGAGUGAGGAGGGAGUGGUCAGCACAUUCGAGAAGGUUUAUGGAACCCAAGACUUGCUCGUCUCUUUUGACACAAUCAACUAUGGUUUUCACAAUCGCGAGAACCUGCCAGCAAACAAGCCCUGGCCUCACCAAGAUCAGGACCCGGAGAUUCCUGGGUUCAGAUGUCUCCAAGGACUGGUCAACCUGCUGCCAAAUGGGCCCAAUGACGGAGGCCUGAUUGUUUGCAAGGGUGCUCAUUUGCUUAGCGAGGAAUAUCAUGACCGUUUCCGUGGUAACGAGGAGCGCAUCCCGCAAUGGACGAACGAAUGGUAUGGAUUCAAGGACGAGGGGAUGCAGUGGCUGAAGGACCGUGGCUGCGAAUGGGUCAAGGUGGAGGCCGGACCUGGCGACUUGCUUCUUUGGGACUCCCGUGCUCCACACUACAACGUCCCAGCUUCAGGAAAUCAGGACAGGCUCGCUAUUUAUACCUGCUACAUGCCCGUGGCAGACGCAAGUCAGGACGACCUGAUCAGGAAGAAGGAUGCUUGGGACAGGAAGGUCGGGACGACGCACUGGCCAAAUGCUCAAGUCUUGGGAACGAAUAAGGCGAUGCGAAAUGGGAAGCCUGACGGUGUGCAGAGGGAAAGGCCACUUCACGAGCCUGUGCUGAGGUUCGCCAAGCUGAUCAGUAUUAUUAUUCUGGACCCGAGGAGCUCUGUAGAGCCAAAAUUGGCUUCGGUCUUCAACUGGAAAGUGCUUCGGCAGCACCUUGUCCCCCAUCCUUAUGACUUGGAAGAUGUGGUGUCGCUUUCGUUUUCCUUCGCCGACGACACCUUUCCGCAUGUCGAGUCGCGGUACGAUAUUGACAUCACCAAAGCCUCGGUAUUGGCCGACCAGGCCAAAGACUUCCACGGUGAUGUCGGUCUGGCUGGCCCGGGAGAUACGGUCUACCUAAUUCCGACACCCAGCCCAGAUCCUCGAGACCCUCUCAAUCUGCCUGCACUCCGAAAAUGGCUCCUCUUGACGUUCGUGGCUAUAUACGCAACAGUUGGCCUGACCAUGGUCAGCGGUCUCGGAGGAGUUCUAGGUAUUUUCAUUCCAAUAUACGUGGCGGAAGGACGUACAGAGGCUGAAAUAACCUGGCUCAUGACCUUUCCGACUCUCUUCAUGGGGAUUGGAAACCUAAUCGGAAUGCCUCUCGCCCUAGCCGUCGGCCGCCGUCCAGUCUUCUUGAUUUCCACGCUUAUUUUGGUCCUCUCCGGUGGUCUCUGCGCAGGCCAACGCUCCUACACAUGGCAUCUCGCGGCUCGUUGUAUAAUGGGUCUGGCAGCUGGCCAAUCUGAAGCAUUGUGCCCUUUAAUGGUGCAAGAGACCUUCUUCCUCCACGAACGGGGUCGCACUCAGAUGUACUUCACAGCCAUCAGCAACAUCCUCACUAGCGUGUUGACGCUACUCACAUCUUAUAUUGCCGCAUCCAUCGGCGUCAGCGGCUGGUAUGGCCUGGGCACCGGACUCGCUGGGGUUGUAUUUAUCGGCAGCAUCUUCUUCGUUCCGGAGACCAAGUACGAUCGGCCGAUCGCAGCGUAUCAGGGGAAAGGCACGACCGUGAGCAAUUUUACGGGCCAGACAGGCAGUCAGGCAGAUAGUGACGACGCAAGUCCUGCUGCAGCAAGCUACCUUGUGCGGCGCAUCUCAACGACGGAUCCACGGGAGCUGGAUACCGUCAACUACAGGCCACGGACGCUGGCGUCAGACAUGCGCCUCUUUGUGAACAAGCCAGACUGGGAGGAAGGCCUCAGGACUUGGCGGCGGAUGUUCACCGUCAUGCUAUUCCCGGAUAUCCUCUGGGCAUUUCUUCUCAAUGGCCUGACGAUCGGAGUCAAUAUUUCUCUUGGGACAACGUAUGGCUCCAUCCUCGCGGCUCCUCCCUACUCAUGGGCUUCGAAAUACAUCUCUUUCGCGAUGGCGGGCCAAAUCGUGGUGUCUUUCGUUGCGCUGCCGCUGCUGGGCGCAGGCUCUGAUCAUCUUGUCCGCUACCUCUCCAAACGCAAUGGUGGGAUCCAUCGGCCUGAAUACCGUCUCGUCCCUCUCGUGUUCCCAAUCAUCGUGGGCGUGCUCUCUGCGAUCCUCUACGGGCAGGCGGCUGCACACCCGGACCGGCUGCACUGGUUCGCCAUCGUAUUCGCUGUCAACGCCUACUACUUUGCCUUUGUGGGUGCGAACCAGUGCGGUAUCGUGUACUCUCUUGACUCGUAUCCAACGAGGUCAGGCCCGGCGCUAGUAGUGAUCUGUGCUAUGCGAGGCAUACUUUCCUUUGGGACGUCGUAUGGCGUCACACCUUUCGUCGAGGCGCGGGGAUAUGAUGGGGCAUACCUGAUCUAUGGUCUCCUCACUGGCGUGCUGGGUGCAAUGGGCAUCUUAGUGUAUUUCUUCAGCGGUCGGAUCCGAGCCUUCUGCUCUCAAUGGGCGGUACAAACAAACGUGCCUGCCAACCUCGAAACGCUCAAGUACGAGGCGCGUCGCCUCAUCAAGCCCGACCCUGACACUGGGCAGGGCGAUACUGACAUAAAUUCAGUUUUUACUUCCGAUACCACAAGCACCAGCCCUGCCAGGCACAAGUCUGAGAAACCCUCCACUGAUGGCACUAACUACAUCGAGCAGCUUGUCUCCAGUGCGUCCCUUCCUGACCUUGAGGAUGGUGUCCAGGUCGGCCUCGGUCUUCUCGAAGACCUGAAGUCCCCUUUAGAAAAAGCUCAGGAUGCGGCCAAUACUCAGGCUGCCCAAUGGCGUCAACCUAUUCAGCAACUGCAGGGACAGGCCGAGCCUGCUCGCACCGUCGUUGGUGUAGUUGGUAACACUGGUGCAGGGAAGAGCAGUGUCAUAAAUGCGCUCCUAGACGAAGAGAGACUGAUUCCCACCAACGGAAUGCGAGCGUGCACUGCAUCAGCCACUGAGAUUUCCUACAACUACUCGACCGACCCAGAGAAGCUUUACCGAGCUGAAAUCGAAUUUAUCAGCGCAGAGGACUGGUCGCAAGAGCUCAGGGCUCUCCUGGGAGACCUCAUCGAUGGCAACGGUAUUGUUUCUCGAGAAUGCAACAACCCAGACUCCGAAGCCGGCCUAGCAUACAGCAAGAUCAAGGCUGUCUAUCCACGCAAAUCCAAGGAAGACAUCGCCAACAGUGAUCCAUCUGCAUUAUCCCAGGAGCUCUUGGUCCGUUCAGUCCUGGGAACUGUCAAACGACUGAAUUCUACUACUUCGGACGAUCUCUUCGAGGGACUUCAGCACUAUGUUGACAGCAAGGAGAAAAAGGAUCGCCAGAUGGAAUACUGGCUGAAAAUCUUUUGCAAGGCCCCAGCCCUUUCGACCGGCGCUGUCAUCGUCGACCUACCUGGAAUUCAGGACAGCAAUGCCGCAAGGGCAGCUGUUGCCGACAGUUACAUGAAGACGUGUACUGGUCUUUGGAUUACAGCUGCAAUCCAACGUGCCGUCGACGAUAAAACUGCAAAGAAUCUCCUCGGCGAAAGCUUCAAGAGGCAGUUGAAAUACGAUGGAACAUACUCCGCUGUUACCUUCAUCUGUACGAAAACAGAUGAUAUCCUGGAAUCAGAGGUUAGCUCUAGCUUGGAUAUCAAGGGUGAGGUCACAGAGUACUGGAGACAGAUUGAAACUCUAAAUCAGACUCAUAAGACCCUGGAAGCGCAAAUUCAGCACGUGGAGAGCGAAAAGAACGACCUUGAGUACCAGCUUGAUGACCUUGAACAGAAGUUUGACAGCUGGGACGACCUUCUGGUCAAGCUUGCCGAGGGCGAGACUGUUUAUCUACCUUCCGAGGAUAGCAAGAAGCGAAAGCGCAAGACUGAUCUGGGCCGACGACACAAGAGACAAGACACUGUCGAUUCCAUGUCUGACUCUGAUUAUCUUGAAGAUUCUGAUGAUGCUAACACCAAAGAGAGUGACCAAACUUUCGAUCAGAAAAUACCAUUGACUGUGGAAGAGAUCGAAGAGCAGCUAGCGAAUAUGAAGGCCCAGAAGAAGGAGCUGCGCAAAUUCAAGAGAAGUCUUCAGGAGAAGAUUUCGAAGUUGAAAAAGGACGCAGUUCAGGCGAGAACCAACAAGAAAACUUUGCACUCUGAGGCCAAAAUGCUCUGUAUAAAGGGUAGAAAUGAGUAUUCGAGAGAAGCCAUCAAGAAAGACUUUGCGAUGGGUAUCAAAGAGCUCGACCAAGAAUCUACCAUUGAGGAAGACGACGCCGCUUUUGAUCCAGACGAAGAUACUCGAAACUACGAUGAGAUCGUACGAAGCCUGCCCGUCUUUUGCGUUUCAGCUCGUGCGUAUCAAAAGCUAGCCGGAAGACUCCAGAACGACGCUGUCCAAAUCGACGGUUUCCUUUCCCAGGACGACACAGAGAUCCCUCAGCUGCAGGAACACGCAAAGAAACUGACCGAGGGUGUUCGGCUGAACACUUCUCGUGCUUUUCUAAACGAGUUGAACCAACUCUUGAACUCCAUGAAGCUCUGGGCUUAUGAUGGCACCCGGUUAUCUGACCUUCAUAAGGCUGCGAAAGACUUCCAAUCUUCUCUUAGACAUACCCUAAGAGAGCGGCUUUACAACACUUUUGAUCAACUUAUUCCAGCCGCUUCUGACAGUGCUGUUGCAACUGCAAGUGGAUGGGGUGCGGCGAAAUCUCUUGGUGGCUUGUUAUGGGCAACAUACAAAGCCACCUGCCGUCAUGAUGGCGAUUUCUCGGGGUGCAACGGUCCGAGAGACUUCAAUGCAGAGCUGUUCGAGCCUAUCAGCAGGCGCUUGGCUGGUAGUUGGGAGAGGGCCUUCCAACGACGGAUUCCAACUGCGGUGGAGGAUUUCAUCAAAUCAUGCAAACAGAUCUUCCAGGCGUUCCACGAUGACAGUCUUGCCGGCGUAAAGAGUGCUGCUGCAAAACCUGCUGGGUUGCACACACUGAACCAGCAGAUCAGAUUUCAUAUGGCGAUGCUGGAUACAGUUCCUGCUUCUAUUCGGUCGGAGAUUACAGAGAAGCAACGAGAUGCAAAUCGAGGGUUCAUUCCAGUGGUUCAAAGCGCCAUGCAGCCCGCUUACGAUGCUUGCAUGAGAGAACGAGGCCCAGGCACCUAUGCUCGCAUGAAGUCUAUCAUGGAGGCACACGUGGACAUCGCCCGCAACACCAUGUUCCGGCAGGCGUGCGAUGCUGUCAAGAGAGAGGUGGAUGCGAUGUGCACGGCUAUCGAACAAAUAAUGAUGGCUCAUUUGGGCAAGCUAUUCAACAUGCUUGAGCGAGACUACCUUGCCACCCUCGUUGGUGAAGACGCCGAGUUCCUCGCCGCGGUUCCCUGGGCCGAGCGCAAGCUGCGCGGUGAGAUGCGGCUCAUCCUAGAGGAGGCAGACUCUCGUUUUGCAGAGCUCUGCGUUCCGGUGUCUGCGUCUGAUGUCGACCACGAAGAUGGAGCUGUGGGCUCGGAGCAGGCGGCGGACGACCUCAUUGCUCGGCAGCUAGAGGCCGAAUCGUCAAAUGCAGAGCCAGUCGUGAAGCCGGAGCCACUUUAA